UAUUUGCAUAAAAUACAAAUGCACUUUAUGAAUACUCCAAUUGAGGUCAAAUAUAUAGAAACCAAAUGAAAUAGGAGUAAUAGCUAAUUUAGUUAUCAUCCUCUCCAGCUACUCAAGAGUCAUGGCCCUUUAAAAUUUCCAUUACAUCAUUUCCCACCAAUAACUCCAUCACUCAAAAUUCCACUAGUAGUAAAGCUCUAGGAGUUUUUCUUUUUGAGUUGAAUUUGCCAGUGUCACAAACAAAAAGCCAUAAAUCCAAUCUUUCUCUGAAUCCCGUGUCUUCAAAUACAUAUAUACUCGAUCUAUAAAUGCAUUAUUGUUAUGGCCUCUUCUGAAUCUUCGUCCGCAUAUUCAUAUGCAGAGCCAAGCAACGAGAAUUCGUUAAACAAGCGGCGGCGUUGUUUCUGCUUCCCAUCUUUCAGUUCUACAAAUCAAUUAACAAGGCGUGUUAACUUGGACUGGUGGCAUAAGAUACGCAGCGGCGCGGUCAAGGAAGGCUCUGUAUGGGCCAAAGGAAUCAACGCUCUAAAGAAGCUUCGAGAAUGGUCGGAGAUCGUGGCCGGACCAAGAUGGAAGACUUUCAUCCGACGGUUCAAUCGGAACAAAAGCGGGAGAAAUGCGAAAUUCCAAUAUGACCCUCUGAGUUACUCACUCAACUUCGAUGAAGGGCCUGGGAAUAACAAAGAGGAGGAAGAAGAGUAUGUGCUGCGGAAUUUCUCCACCAGAUACGCUUCAGCUUCAAUUUCGCCACCUGGUAAGGUAUCCAUGGAUCUCGGCAAAGAUGGGCCCAGUUUCGUUUGAGUGAGAAA